GCGCGCAUCCUCCCAUGGAGCCAAGAUGGCGGACACGGGGACCGGCGGCUCUAGUAGCUCGGGCACGGUAAGGCUGGGGCUCCGGAGCCCUUUUGGGGGGGAGGGCACGACCCACCUGCGGGCCCGCUUUGUGGUCACCAGGUGCCCGCCGCAGGCUCUCAUGACAGCGCGGGGCGGCGUCAGGACACCGAGGAAGGGGGAGGUGCUGGGUGGAAGGCGGGCGCCUCUUGAUUUGCGGGGCGCCAUUGCACUUUCAGACCGCUCUGGGUUUCGGGGGGCAGCGCCUUUCCAUUCCCUCUUCUGCGAUUAUGCGCUUGCAGAAAGCCAGAUAACGUUGCAAGCAGGUGGCCACCCAAAACAUGCGUGCAAAAACACCGCUUUCUAAGAUCACGAGAACUGUGCACAAAUCUUGAGGUCACGUCUGAACACGCGUUCCCCCCUAUCUUCUUCCGCCUUUCCGGAAGCUGCCUAAUACUGAACCAUGCCAUUUCUUCACCUUGCCUGCCCAGUACUAUGUCCCUCUGACUCAACACAUCUACCCAAGGCGGGGGUCGCUGGCGGAAGGGAAAGGCAAUUCUGAAAGCUGCUGCUUGAGAUCCUCUUUAACUGGAGAAAUCAGGGAUGUUGCUUUUGCACACCUGUUCCCAUGAGUAAGCAUGAGGCUAAUUCCUUGCUAAUUUUGUACACUUGGAAAGUAGAGAGAGCACUGUCAGAAGUGGGACAUGAGAGCACAUGUUGGACUUUGGGAGAAGGACCCAUUUAAGACAUGUUUAGCAGUAACUGAAAGUGGGAUUUACAUAAUGAACACUGUUAGUGGAAGUGCAAGGGCUUCUACUUGCACAUUGGGCCUUCGCUCUCCCCCCCCCCCGUGCUCCUGAAAUUGGCUUGGGAAGCAGUCAGGAGAGCCCCCAGAACAGUGGAGGGAGGAUCAUUCCAUUUGCAAGCUGAUACACUUGUGCAAAUGGAACAUUUAUAAUAGCACAGUGUUGAAUUCCACCCUAAGUGGUGUUGUUGACAACUUCCGCAUGCUCCUUAUUUAUGUGCUCCCUUUACUAAUCACAUCCUCCUUGGUUGGGUUUGGUUCCAGCAGCGAUCAGGUGGCAAACACUCUUCAACCCCGGCAGAUAACUACUAUUUGGCUCGAAGGAGGACCCUUCAAGUGGUGGUUAGUUCAUUGCUGACAGAGGCUGGGUUUGAGAGCUCUGAGAAGGCUGCUGUGGAGACCAUGACAGAGAUGCUCCAGAGCUGUGAGUAUCCCCAACUGUGUAAUACUGAGAAACCUCCACUGCUAGUAUUAGGCACAUUAGCUUUAACCCUCCCCACUAAUGACAAUAACAGACACAGGCAUUUGCAAUUUCUGCAGGAGGAGCUGACUAAAAUGGGGGCUCUGCUUCUUCAGGAGCAGUUUGAAAGGGAGAUGUUUGGCAGCACUUUCACCUUCUGUGUGGCGCUGCAACAAUUUUGGAGCUGCCAUUUGAUGUGCUUGCCAUCAAGUAGACAGCAUGACCCUGCAUACCAGUUUCACUGCCAAAACUCUGUUUUGAGCAACUGAAGCCCUUUGGCGAUUGCUUGACAUUAUUUAACAAAGUAGGAGAACUGUGAUCUUGAUUUGCCUGACAGACCACUGGGAAACAUAAGCGGCUUGGAAUAGGAACGCAUGGUGUUGCUUUGCUUUCAUGUAGGUGUCCAAGUUUCAUGUAUUUUUUUCACAUUCUUGUUUGUUUGGUGGUGGCAAGUAGCAAAUGGCAUCAAAUAUCUUGACCUUCUCCCUUACUCUUGUUCUUAAAAACUAGAACAGGCUUCCUCAACUUCGGCCCUCCAGAUGUUUUUGGCCUACAACUCCCAUGAACCCUAGCUAAGCAGGACCAGUGGUCAGGGAUGGUGUGAAUUAUAGUCUCAAAACAUUUGGAGGGCCGAGGUUGAGGAAGAAUAUGACACACACACCAUUACCAAUUCUUGUUUUAUAUAUUCCUUACUAUUUUCUUGGAGGGAAAGGAUUCAUUUUCUAAAAAAUGCUGAGCACUCCACAGUAGAAUACUAGGUUUCUAUUCCCCCCACUUCCUCUGCAAUCUAAAUGCUAUGGAUGGACAAUGGUCUCUAGAGAUUCAGCUUCUCUAAAUUCAGAAUAGUGCUAAAGUGAGCAUGUGAUGAUAUAUCUUGACUCUCAGUUCUGUGGUGAUUUUUGCUUUGCCAGACAUUUCAGAAAUUGGGAGGAGUGCCAAAUCUUUCUGUGAACAUACUGCGAGGACUCAGCCGACCCUUUCAGAUAUUGUCGUCACCUUAGUUGAAAUGGGUGAGUGUUAGGAUUACAUGGUACAGGCAUGGCAGUUGCGGAAAGGUCAGAAGGGAUUGUGUAAGUGUAGUCAUUGAGCAGAUACUGCUAUUACAGUGGAUGUACCAUUGAUUGGAUGCGUGAUCCAUUGAGCAUGAAAGAUGGGUUGCCAUCCUUUGGGAAUCUUUGGGAAGGAUGCCAGAGUCCUACUGCCCAACUCCUUUUCCUGCCCAGAGUCCUACUGCCCAACCCCUUUUCCUGCUAUUGAAGCUCCAUAUCACCUCUUUGUACAGAGGAAAGUUCAAUCCAUCCACCACCUCAUCUUCCUCCUUACUGUGGAUGGUGUACCUCCAUUCGGCCCAUUCGGUGUUUUAGGCACUCAUUCAUUCAUUUGAAUAUAUAUUCAAGUAAACCUAUCUGCUAUUCUGUCUGGAUCCCUCUAGAAUCAGAGAAGGGAGAGCAAAUGCUGGUGAAUUAAUUAAUACUUCCCUCCCCACAUAGUGUAGCCAUAGUGCCAGGGCUUCAGUGGUGGAUGAGUGGUGGAUUGGCUUGCUAGAAUGACUUUUCCUUUCUUUUGUUUUAGGCUUCUUUGCUUUCUUCUGUUUCAGGCUUUAAUGUGGAAACGCUCCCUGCAUACGCCAAACGGUCCCAGCGGAUGGUGAUCACUGCCCGUAUGUGAGCUCUUGCAUGCAUUUUAUUUCAUUCAUACUUAACUUUAUAAAAGGAACUUUGGCCCAGUAAUUGGGACAUGUGCUCUGUUGCUUUGGAAUUGCAUUGGACCAGUAUCUUUUUCCUGUGUCAUAUUCUCAGGAGGGAAAGGCGUGGUUUCUGCAACAGACACAUUCAGUUGGAGAAGCAGUUCACUAUUUUUCAAUUUAGGCUCUGUGGAUCCCUUUAAGAUGUUCUUGUUGGCUUUUAUAACAAACUGAAACUCAGCUUUAUUUAGUAUUCUGCCAAUUGUAUGUUGCAUGGCUGCUGAAGCUAUUGCAUGAUCAUUAUUUCAUUAAAUAUUUCUUAAGAAGCACAUCUAAGGUGGCAGUUUUAAGCACACUUAGCUGGGGAGUAGGCUCUGUUGAAUUAUGAGGAACUUGAUUCUAAAUAAAUGUGUUGCAUGUGACUUGGGCCUUGAAUGAGAACAAAAUAACUUAAGGCUUCUUUCUACUUUUGCAGAGUCUUAAUAUUUUUUAGUUACGCCAUAUCUGUAGGUAAAUAUAUACUGAAACAGAGUUCCAGUGACUGAAGUGAAAUUUUGGCUGCAGUGCUAUAAGCACACAUAUUUGGUGUCAGUGAAAUGUUUAAGGCUUUAAGGGCCAGAGACCAAAAGUGAGGGAAGCAAUUGAUGUCACUCUUACCUUUGUUCAGUAGGCUGCAUUCCAGGCACACAGAUGCCAGAGGUUUCUACAUACAGAAACACUUCACACAUCUCUCCAUAUUCCAUCCAGGCAAGCAAGAGGCAUUCUUGCAGCUCAAGGACACAAUCCAGCCAGGCAAAAGCACUUGAGGAGAGUGCAGAGCUGAGCCAGUGAGGGGUGUGGUUUGAGGAGAGUGUGCCUAGCCUGGACUGAGUCCCAAGAGCCUCCUGUACAAACUUGGAGAUCUGAAGUUCCCCAUUCCUGCCUGAGGAGUGCAGGCAUAGGCAGAAAAAAGUUUGCCCAGCUCUGGCCUAAAUAGAUUUGUUAUAUCGGUUGCGCUAAGUUGAACAGAGAUUGCCUCCCUCUGAAACUGGGCUGAUACCACUGAGGCAGAGGCUGCCAUGACCGAAAUCCUCUUUCCAAUUGCAGCACCUGUAACAAAUCAGCCCAUGACUCCAAAAGCCCUGACGGCCGGACAGAACAAGCCUCACCCAUCCCAUAUUCCUGGUCACUUCCCAGAGUUUCCGGAUCCUCACACUUACAUCAAGACACCAGUAAGUAGGCCUGCCUUGCUUAAAAAAACUGACCAGAGAUGGUAGACAAGUUGUUGUGAGACACUUUCAGCCUCUGGGGAUGACCAGUGUUUUAAGUCCACUGAGCUAUUCCUUUUCCGUUAUUUCUGAAAAUGGUCCUAAAUAAGAAGAUUUGGUUGUCUACUGGAUAGAUGUGAACUUAACUGCACAGGAGUAGCUGGAUUGCCCCCAGUGACUCUAAGCAAUACAGAUUCGAAGUCUGUGUAUAGUCAUUGUCGCCUCCCUCUCUUUGCCUUACAGACGUACCGGGAGCCUGUGUCGGAUUAUCAGAUCCUUCGGGAAAAGGCUGCUUCUCAGAGACGGGAUGUUGAAAGAGCUCUGACACGCUUCAUGGCAAAGACAGGAGAGACACAAAGUCUUUUCAAGGAUGAUGUCAGCACCUUCCCUUGUAAGACAAUCAAUCCAGUGGCAGGGCACAUUGUUUCAAGUAAGAUGCUGUGUGUCUAGCGCAGCCUUCAUCCACCUAGCCCCCUCCAGAUGUUUUGGAGGGCCAGCAGGGACAUUGUGGUCCAAAACUUCUCACGGGCACCAGAUUGGCCUUUGGGCUGUCCUAUAUUGUAAAUGAACCCUCCUCAAAUGAGCUGCAUUUGCAAUAAGGCAAAUUACAAAUAUGAAGUAUGACAUUGUUGUAACUUUGCCAAAAACUUCUACAUAGCUACCACAGAUGGUGACAUCUUUACUUGUAGGCUGCUGGCGGUGACAGGUUUACGGUAUAACUUUUUCCUUGACCUUGAAAGCUUGCAUAGAAGGAAAUAAAUCUCAAUAGUCCAUGCCUUUCUUUGAGUUUUCUCUCACUUCCAACCUUUUAGGCCGGACACCUGAGAGAUGGAUCUCAGUAUCUGAGAUCAUGUCUUCUUCCUUCUUUAUCCCUAGUGAUAGCCGCCAGGCCUUUUUCAAUACCCUACCUGACAGCUCUGCUUCCUUCUGAAUUGGAGAUGCAGCAGAUGGAGGAGACGGAUUCAUCUGAACAAGAUGAUCAGACAGACACAGAGAACCUCCCCUUGCACGUGAGCACGGUAGAGCCUAGAGACUUGGUUCGAUUCAGCGUGACGUUGGCUCCAGAUUCCUGGAAACACUGUAUUAAAUGGUCACUUAAGUGCAAACGAGAUGUUGCAAGUGGAAUUUGUUGGGCAAAUACAUUUUAUGUACAUAGUUCUGGCUGCAGAAUAUGCUUGGGGCAGAAGGCAAGUGUGGGCUUCUCCUGUGAAAUGCACUCGCUUCUCAGCAAAUGUUCGCAUCCAUAGAAGGCUGUGAAACUUUGCAAGGGAUGGUAUGGGGAGAAGAGGAGCCAUGUCCUUGUUGCUGGAGCAAUUAGGCCAAUGCCUCACCCCAAUUCAGUUGCUCGUCGUCGGUGGUAGGAACAGAAUGUGGAUGGGAUAAAUAUAGUGGGCUGGUGCAUGUAUCCCCUUGCCCCGAACCCUUGCUGUGAUCCCUUGUUCAGGAUAACGCCUGAAUCUUCAAAGUUUAGGAAAAUUCAUUUUGAAUUCCAUAACACAUUUUUGUUGCCUCCCAGCAGAGGGCACCCAACUCUUCUACAUGCCAGCAUUGAUCGCUCGCUGGUUUGUCUCCUGCAUGUCCUUGUUGCUUUCUGCCUUGCUUGUUCUUGGGUGUGCUGAUUUGCCAGCUGAGACCCUGACAUUGUUCACAUCUUGUCUUACCUGCCAGGAUGACCCGGGAGCUGAGAAGGAGAAUGCAUCGGUACUGCAGCACAACACCUCGCUUUCUGGCAGCCGGAAUGGAGAUGAGAACUUGAUAGACAAUCCCUACCUUCGCCCAGUGAAGAAGCCCAAAAUCCGCAGGAAGAAGUGAUCUGUAGCAAGAUGAUGGGUGGGAUAGGAGGAAGCUUUUGGACCUCCUGUGGUCCUUGCAACUGCUGAGAUGUGGCAUGGGAAAGGCAGAAAGAUGCUGCUGGUUGAGGGCCAAAUGGAAAAGCAGCCUCUCUGGUUCAGGUCCUUUUCUCCCCAACAGUUUGUUAUAUAACUUAAGGUGAAGUCUGAAAUGCUCACCUAGAAACAUGGAAAUCUAUCUGUCUCUUCCAGGGAACAGCAUGCUGCAGCUUGCAGUACUUACAGCAUCUCUUGCCAUCCUCAAGUGUACCUUCUUUUUUUGAGGACUGCAGACAGAUUAACAGGAAAUGCUUCCUCACAUUUUGCCAGGUCUCCUGGAACUUCAGAAGGAGAAUCAUCUCUCGUCUCUGCUUGCCUUUCAUAUGUGCUACUCAUCCUGGGAUUCAUGCCACAUCACCUUGCUAAAUAUGACAUGUUUGGAUGAGGGGUAGCCAAGGGCAUCAGCUGGAUAUUCACUGUUGUUCCUUUGCAAAAGACGAGGCUGUUCAGAACAACACAAUUUCUGUGUGCUUGGAGAUGAGGGUUUGGUCUGAUCUUAUCUCUGGUUUGAAUUGUUGGGAGAGCUGAGCAGAGAAAUUUGAUGGUGGCAGAGCAAGAAGAGAAAGAUCCCAGCAGAUCUGCAAUGCUUGACAGCACAAGACAACUCACUUUUUACAAGUGCAUGUUGAUUGCGGAUCUUGUUUUCACCUGGAUGAGAGAGCUCUUUGUUUAGAAUCAUAUUGCCUGCACAUUGGCUCAAAGUCUUAGAUUUAUAUUCUCCUUGGCAAUACAGCAGCAGUUUUUCUACCUUCUUCUUGUAUCCAAGUAACGUUGACAAAGGCUGUAUUUCUGUCUGUGAUAGGAGACAGGGAAAAAGAUGCCACCCAGAAUGCAAUUAUAAGUUGUCCACCCUGCUUGAUGUUGAUGGCUGGGUGUGUGUGUGUGUGUGUUAGGAAUGUGCAUGGUUGCCUGUACUUCAGUCUCCCAUCAGCAGAGAGAAGCGAGAAACUACUCUCUUCCCCCAGCACCUUCCACCCUGGCCAGCAUGUGCCAGCAAGGCCUGGGAUGUAGCAGUAGAUUCUGCAUCACUCCCUGACUCCAUCUUCAAGUGUCCCUUGCUAUUUGUAUUAUAUGCCUAUCAGUACACUUUCCUAAAAUACUUGAUUUAAAAGGAAAAAAGAAAAAGACCACAGCUUGCUUUUUCUUCUUCAAAGUUUCUGAUUACCUUUCGGGAAUUUAGUUUUACAUCACCUGCUUCUGGAAGGAAAUAAAGAACAGUGAGAUUGCCUAAAGAAACCUCGUUCAGAUGUCACGUCCUGAUUGUCCAAGCUAUGGUUUGGAGAGUUGAGAAUAUGCUGUAGCUCUUACUCUCAGUCCUACCCCCUUAGGUGCCAACUCCCUCUAUUUCUUUGUUUCCUCUAGCCAUAGUUUGACAUGACGUCUCAGUCAGGUAGACUGUGGUUAGCACUAACCUCCAAAACACGAUUUGAAACAGUUGUUUGGAUGCACUCCUGGUUAGCUAUAGCAGUUGUUUGGAAGAUAGUCUUAAUUGGUUUGUGGUAGUUGGUUUGUGCUGGUUGGUCUCUGGUGAUAACUUUACUAUUCUGUUUGGUGAGUAACAAUUCAAAUUAGCAUCAAUCCACUUUAACCACAGCAACACUAAUAAGAAGGGCUUCCAAAAUGUGAUGCUGAACAUGAACUGCAAAUUAUGCCAUGUAAAAUCAGAAUUGUGCUGUAGCUUUGUAGCUUCACAAUGGGCCCAUUUGGAAAUGCCCGGAGUUCAGUUAAUAUCCUGUUAUGAUUUGUUUGUAGCACCUCUCUAGUGCAAGUGCAAAUUACAGCAGCUGCUCUCUAAAUCUCUGUAUACAUCUGCUCUGCAUUUCUCAUACCUGUGGAAAAUACUAGUUUAAUAGCACUAUCUCUUCAUCUACCCAGUUGAGUUAGCUGGUAACAAAAUCCUUUAGAUUCCUCUUCACCUAUUCCUCUGCUGAUUUGCCAGAUAAUUCACUGCUCUUCUAGCUCAUUAAGAGACAUUAGAAAGUCAUGGUGCCCUUUAAAUGUGUAGAGUUGCCCCAGAUGAUCAGCUAUUCAUCUAUUCAGUGUAGCUUCUGAGCCUAAAUGGAUUCAGAGAUUUUGGCGAGUGCAACACUUGCUGUCUGUUGGUGCUGUCAGUCUUUCUAUUGAGGACCACAGAGUCUAGAAGAUAAGCUGCAUUGCUUUUCCCUGCCAUUCCAAAAGAGAAAAAAAAGGGAAAGGAAAGGAAAGGAAAGGAAAGGAAAGGAAAGGAAAGGAAAGGAAAGGAAAAACAAGUCCUUCACAUAUCAAAUUAUUCUGUCCAUGGAGAUCUUGGGGGGGGGGGGAACUUGUUACCCAUUUUCAUUUGCCAAAAAACGCUUUCACUGUCAAAUCUGCUGAUAUACUUGUAUGUACAAAUGUAAAUAAAGACAGUUGUAUAUUUAUACAUUUAUAUAUUUUUGGUCACUGGUUAGGUUUUUGGGCGAUUUAAAAUGUUAGCCAGAUAUACACAAAUAGUGAAAAUAGUUUAUUUUUUCAGUUCAUAAUAAAAUGGUGCCUGCAUAAGCCAAACUGAGUCCUUUGUUUUAUAUGACUGGUCUUGC